UAUCCCUCCUCCCUCCCAUCACUUGGGUGUUGCCUAGAUGACUAUAAAGUGUUGAAUAAACUUUCAGUCAGCCCACGUCUAACUCCACUUAAGCUCUGCCACAGUUUCUGCAUCCUCGUGAUCCGCACUCAUUUCUGCAACCAUGACUGACUUGGAGAAAUCCAUGGAUUCCAUGAUAACCGUGUUCAACAAGUAUGCCCAUGAUGGCAAACACGGAAAGGCCUUAACCAAGAAAGAACUAAGAAAACUAAUUGAGGCUGAGCUUCCCAACUUUCUGAAAACCCAGAAGAAUGCCAACUCCGUGGACCAUAUCAUGAAGGAUCUGGACCAGAACAAAGAUGAUGUCUUGGACUUUGAAGAAUUUAUGCCAUUCAUCGCCGGCCUCACAAUGGCCUGUGAAAAAUAUUGCUCCAUGUCUGCUAAAAAGAAGUGAAAGAACUGAUGUGCAAAUACACUGUAAGAGAAAAUAAUGCUUGUCUUUUUUUUCUUUCCUUUUUUGUAACAGAUAAAGUUGAUUGUGUUGCACAACUG